GUCUCCGGCAGAAGCAACUCCGCAAUUGGGCCACCCAAUCCUUCUUAACUUGAACUUUACUCCGAUCGCCAACGCCGCCGGAAAUCUCAAUCUUCUGAAUCACAAAUCUCAUAUUCUACAAUGUCAUGGUUCACUAGAUCAAUCGGCAACACUCUCAAACUAGGCGACAACGACGACGACGACGACGACGAACAAUAUCCUGUGAACAAGAACACAGAAGACUCCACUAAUCAAAAACAUGAACAACAAGCAGUCGAGAACAAUUCACCUAAAUCUCCAGGACGAGGAGUCAAAGAAGACCUAUCAGAGAUCACAAAAACCCUAACUCGUCAAUUCUGGGGCGUCGCGUCCUUUCUUGCUCCUCCGAUUCCCUCCAGACACCCUAAUGAGCGAUCGAAUCCGUCUGAUCCGGAAACUUCUGCUCCGGAAGCAAUCUCUGGAAUACGCAAAGACUUCGCCGAGAUCGGAGGGAAGUUUCGCAGUGGAAUUUCUAAACUGUCUAACAAUAUAGAUGUCUUGGAGAUUACUAAAAUGGCUUCGGAUUUUCUUCACCUGGAAUCUGAGGAUGACGAUUACGAUUCCUCUGAUGGCGAUGGGGCCGUUGGUGUUACGGAUGAAGUUGUGGCUUUUGCUACGGAUAUCGCUAUGCAUCCUGAAACUUGGUUGGAUUUUCCUUUACUCGAUGAUGAAGACGACGAUGAAGACUUUCACCUGUCUGAUGCCCAACAAGAACAUGGUUUGGCUAUUGAAGAUCUGGCACCAAGAUUACGUGCUCUUAGGAUUAAGCUCUGCCCUGAUUAUAUGACAGAGACUUCCUUCUGGAAGAUCUAUUUUGUACAUUUGCAUCCAAUACUCGAACACAAUGCUGCCAAACUUCUUUCAACACCCAAGAUUGUGAGAGCCAGAUCCCUGUUAACACAUGAGUUGAAAAACCGACAGUUGAAGAAUGAAGCACGAAGAAUCAGUUCUUGUUCUGAAAACAUGGCCAAUUCUGCACCAGAAUCUGCCCUUCUUGAGACUGUAAAAGUCAAACACCCCAUUGAAAGGGAUGACAUCAAGAUGGUUGAAAAAUCUAUGAUUCAAGAGAAGCCACAUGACCUAACCAAAGAUGAAGAUGAGUGGUUAAAAGAAGAGAGUUCAGAGAUUGUUACAGUCACUGUUGAGAAUGAUGUGGAUGUAUCAUUUAGUGAUCUUGAAGAAGAAGAAGAUGAUGAUGGAAACAUUCCUAUACAUUACAAGAAAGCAGCAUAUGGAUCUGAUUCUUCAAGAACUGAGUUAGGAAGUUGGGUAGAAUUGGAUCUAAGCUCAGCGGAUUCAAGUCAUGGAUCUGAACAAGUAAGUGUGCAUAACUCUGAGACUAAGGAAUCUAAUGAUUGGCUUGAUGUUGUUGACAUUGAUGUGGCAUGACAUUUGGGGAUUAUUCUUUCUGAUUUGUUAAGUCCACAAUGGCUGGUAAAUAGUUUGUUUACAGUUUAUUUUGAAUGGGAUGAAUUCCAAGAAAACCCUUGCAAUUUCAACCAUUUUUGUUGAAAUAUAUACAAAGUUUAUUCUCAUUUAGACAUGUAACUUUGAGGUUACUUUUUGACUUAGCAAUUUUAGACAAUAUAGAGAUAUAAACAGG